AGUGAGUGAGGCAUGUAGAGAGAGACAGCGGUACAGCGGUGGGGCUGAAUGGAGAGCAGAGCUUUUAAUGAGACUGUAUAACAACAACAACAACAACAACAACAUGACUAUUUUUAAGCGAAAUGGAUUUUUUAAACUGUUUAGAGUCUGCUGCUUUUAAUUGUCGGUUUUGAGUUUUUUUUAAUUAUUAUUAACUGGAUUAAAAAGCAACCCUGAAAAGUUUGGAGUUUCGUUCUCUCCUCCUGGAUUUUAUUACAUAUUUUUCCAAUUCUUUUUAAAAGUAAGACAUUAAAAUAAGACUUAAAUCAUGCCGGACCAGAUGUCAGUAUUCGAGUUUAUGGAAAUUACCAAUGAAGAUUAUAAAGCACCCACAACCUCGAUCUUCACCACUCGGAUGGGACUCUGCAGGAACACAGUAGCUGGACUGGAGGAGGCUCUUGACGCAGACCGCAAUGUUCUGAGCAAAAUGAAGAAGUCUGUCAAGGCUAUUAACGCCUCUGGUCUAACCCACGUGGAGAACAAUGAGCAAUAUAUCCAGGCUCUAGAGAAGUUCGGGGAGGCCUGUGUGUUUAGAGAUGAUCCAGAUGUGGGAGCAGCGUAUAUCAAGUUUGCAAUCUUUACCAAAGAACUUACUGCUCUCUUCAAAAACCUGCUUCAGAAUAUGAACAACAUUAUUACAUUUCCUCUAGACAGUCUGCUGAAAGGAGACCUAAAAGGAGUAAAAGGGGAUCUAAAGAAGCCUUUUGAUAAAGCCUGCAAGGACUACGACACUAAAGUUAAUAAGAUCGAGAAGGAGAAACGUGAGCAUGCCAAGCAGCAUGGCAUGAUCAGAACUGAGAUCAGCGGAGGAGAGAUUGCAGAAGAGAUGGAGAAAGAGCGACGUGCCUUUCAACUCCAGAUGUGCGAGUAUCUCAUAAAAGUGGAUGAAAUCAAAAUUAAAAAGGGGGUGGACUUGGUGCAGAACCUCAUUAAAUAUUUUCAUGCCCAGUGCAAUUUCUUUCAAGAUGGGGUAAAAGCUGUGGAGAAUCUCAAACCAACUAUUGAAAAACUGGCCACAGAUUUAACAGGAAUUAAACAGACACAGGAAGCAGAAAAGAAACAGUUAAUCCAGCUUCGAGACAUGCUCAAGUUUUCCAUACAAUCAGAACAAAAAGAAGACCUUCAGGCGAAACAGAACACAGGCUACAGUCUACAUCAGCUACAGGGCAACAAGGCUCAUGGCACAGAGCGCUCCGGCAUGCUUUCCAAGCGAAGUGAAGGGCUGAGGAAGGUGUGGCAGAAAAGGAAGUGCUCAGUAAAGAAUGGAUAUUUAACCAUUUCCCAUGGAACGGCAAAUGCACCACCGGCAAAACUUAACCUUUUAACCUGCCAAGUGAAGUGCAACCCAGAUGAAAAGAAGAGCUUUGAUCUCAUAUCCCAUGAUAGAACAUACCAUUUCCAAACAGAUGAUGAGGCAGAAUGUCAAGUAUGGGUGUCAGUCCUACAGAACAGUAAGGAGGAGGCACUGAACAACGCUUUUAAAGGGGAUCAGGACGAGUGCGAGAAUAACAUAGUACAGGAGCUUAGCAAAGCCAUUGUGAAUGAGGUGAAGAGGAUGAGUAGCAACGAUGAGUGCUGUGACUGUGGAGCUUCUGAUCCAACAUGGCUCUCUACUAACCUGGGUGUUCUGAUAUGCAUUGAGUGCUCUGGUAUCCAUCGGGAAAUGGGUGUGCACUACUCCAGAAUCCAGUCUCUGACUUUAGAUGUACUGGGAACAUCAGAGCUCUUGUUGGCCAGGAACGUGGGAAAUGCAGGCUUUAAUGACAUCAUGGAGGCUAAACUAUUAGGAGAGGAAAUCCCCAAACCCAACCCUUCUAGUGACAUGCAGAGCAAAAAAGACUUCAUCACAGCUAAGUACACAGAGAAGCGUUUCGCCCAACGCAGACGUGCAGACUCAGCGUCCAAACUGCGCAGCCUGUACGAAGCAGUGAAAAGCCGUGACAUCUUCUCUUUGCUGCAGGUGUAUGCUGAUGGAGUAGACCUAACCGAGACUGUCGCUAUGGCCAACGAACAUGAACAAGGUGAGACAGCACUACACCUAGCAGUACGGAUAGUGGACAGAAAUUCCCUCCACAUUGUAGACUUCCUCGUACAGAACAGUGGGAAUCUGGACAAGCAAACUGCUAAAGGGAACACGGCAGUGCACUAUUGCUGCCUGACUGACAGCAGUGAAUGUCUUAAGCUUUUACUACGCAGCAAGGCCUCCAUCACCAUGGCUAACGAAGCUGGAGAAACACCUCUGGACUUGGCCAGACGACUGAAGCAUAGACAGUGUGAGGAGCUGCUGAUGCAGGCACAGAUGGGCAAGUUUAACGUCCAUGUACAUGUGGAAUAUGAGUGGUGCCUGCAAAAUGAAGACCUGGAUGAGAGCGACGAUGAAAUGGAAGAUAAGCCCAUCCCUCAGAAGAGAGAAGAGCGCCCAGUGAGCUGCUUUGUGCCAGGCGGUGGUCACCCCAACAUGGCCGCCCUGAUGCGGGAUGUGGUCAAUGCCGUCAAGGAAAAGCAGAGAGGCUUUAUCCCGAGCAUGGUGUGUAAUGAGACCUACGGUACCAUGGUAGAAGGCCCUUCUCCUUCUAACUCACUCACUGUGCCCAAACUUGCUACACCUCCACGCAACCCGUCCAUGGGAACUGGAGGAUGGAAACCGAUGGAGAUUGUUGGAAGACAGAGAUCCUCCUCAGACCCCUCCAACCCCACCAGUCCAGACAACAACACAUAUGUUCUCCCUCCUCCGCCUCCUCCUCCUCCACCUCCACUAAUUAAGAAGUCUCUGGAACCUACUAUUCAAACUAAGAAUACCCCUUUACCUCCGGUACCCCUUGCACCCUUAGGGCCACCUGUGCCCCCACUACCACCCAUUAUUAAAAAGCCUUCAGUGCCUGCUGCCCCACCCACUUCCCCUACACCUCCUGUUGUUCCGGUGCCCCCUGCACCCCCUUAUAAACCACCUGUGCCACCUGUACCCCUACCACCCCGAGCCCCUGUGCUCAAACCCAGCUUAAGAACAGAUGCAAAUGUUCCCAAAAUGCCACCCAGCAGACCCAGACCCAGGGAAAUACCAGCAGAAAAAGAUGGUGUACCUCCUACUCCACCCCCCGUCCCCAAACCCAGAGUGGCCCAGUCAAAACAGAAGCCUAAGAGGGUAAAAGCUAUCUACAAGUGUGUAGCAGAUAACCCAGAUGAGCUGACUUUUGCGGAGGGAGAGGUAAUCAUAGUGGAUGGAGAGGAGGACAAGGAUUGGUGGGUGGGUCACAUUGAAGGCGAUCCGACCAGAAGAGGAGUUUUCCCUGUUACAUUUGUACACUUUAUUUAUGACUAAUCAUACUUCUGAUGGUCACAAGACGGACAAUAAUCCUUCUUCUGCUUUAGGAAAAGAGGUGAAAUAGAGAUGCUGAAUUCUGAAUUGUAUGUGAUCUACAGCCACAUGUUCUUAACUAAUUUUUACCCAGAAAUGACCUCAUGUAAGAUAUUUAAACGUAUUGCUUUGAAAUAUUUUAUAGUAAAACGUAUCAAGCACACAGAUUCUGUUUAAACACAUAAAACCAUCUCAGUGCUUUACUGCAGAGGCUUUUAACAGGUUGAUUUCUGCUGGAAUUAUUCUUGUUUUAAAACAGUUUGGUUGCAGAGCAACCGUGUAUGUACAUUGUAGCUGGAUGAUUCUUAAUGCAUGUUUUUCCAUACGCUCUGGUACU